CAUCGUAGCAAGGGAAUAUUUAUUAUGUGCGAUUUCAUUUGAGGGAAUAUUAAGUCGUGAAGUUGGAAUAUUGGCGCGGGAUCUGUAUUGUGACAAGAAUCGAGGGGUUGUGGAGAGUAUUACUUUGUGCAUUAUCUUUCAGCGACUCUUAUUCCUCAACAUUGCUUCUCGGAAAUAUAUUAAUCAUCGGCUCAUUAUCUGAACAAUGGCGGUUUGAAUCGAAUUGCAUAAGGGAGAUAUUAUUUGUGGCACGGGUGCAUAUUGUUAUCAUUAAUCUCUAUACGCGAGGCGCGAUCUAUCUUUAUAAGCAGUGGGAGUCUCUGCCGGCUUUUUGAAGGGUGAAAGAUUUUGGAUGUUUUCAGAACAUGGAAUAUAUCUAAUAUUGGCGGAUCAUAGGAGCAGUGUGACGGGUUUUUCCUACCUGGUGGAGCCGCAAAUUCAGGGUUUGCAAAGGAAGUUCGUUCUGAAGGAUUCAAGAGAUGGCAGAUCAAGAAGCUAAGGGAUAUGAAUUUGAAAAGAAGGCAGAUAAAAAGAUCCAAGGAUGGACUAUUUUUGGUUCUAAAUAUGAUGAUGCUGCAGAACUGUAUGAGAAGGCUGGCAACUCAUAUAAGAUUGCAAAAUCCUGGGAUAAAGGGGCAUCUGCUUAUAUCAAGCUUGCUAGCUGCCAUUUAAAGCUUGAAAGUAAGCACGAGGCAGCAUCAGCAUAUGUGAAUGCAGCGAAUUGCUAUAAAAAGACUAACAGCCAAGAAGCUGUUAGGUGCUUAGGCUUGGCUAUUAAUCUCUUGAUGGAGAUAGGAAGAUUGUCGAUGGCUGCAAAACACAGCAAGGAGAUUGGUGAAAUAUAUGAAUCUGAAGAAAACUUGGAAUUGGCUUUGGAAUAUUUCGAGCGAGCUGCAGAGCUCUAUCGAGGUGAAGAAGUUACUAGUACAGCUAAUCAGUGUCAACUUAAAGUUGCACAGUUUGAAGCCCAGCUUGAGCAGUACCCAAAGGCCAUACAAAUUUUUGAAGAUGUUGCAAGACAGUCAAUCAAUAACAAUCUUCUGAAGUAUAGUGUUAAGGGUUAUCUUUUAUGUGCUGGCAUCUGUCUGAUUUGCAAAGGUGACACUGUGGCGAUAAACAAUGCACUAGAGAAAUAUCAGGAACUUGAUCCUACAUUUUCAGGUACCCGAGAGUGCAAGUUCCUCUCUGACUUAGCUGUUGCAAUUGAUGAGGAGGAUGUAGUAAAAUUUACUGAUGUGGUCAAGGAAUUUGACAGUAUGACUCGACUGGACCAAUGGAAAACAACUCUUUUGCUUCGGGCAAAGAAUGCAGUGAAAGCUAAGGAAGUUGAAGAGGAUGACCUUACUUAAAUCAGCAGUGUCUAGGAUUUGUGUGAGGUGUUAUGGAGGAAAUAGCCUUCUUUCCUAAUUGUAAAGAACAGUCACUUGGAUUGUAUAUUAUAUGUGGUUAGGUUUUUGGUGAUGCAAGAUUCAUACCUUUUAAUCCCAUUUACCUUGUUAAGUUGAGGAAGGCCAUUGAGCACAUUUAUUGGAGAUGUUUACUUUUUGUACUUGUGGAUAAUGUUUUUGACGAUAAAUGCAACACUUCUUCAUGCUGUGUGCAUAUUAUUGUAAACCCAGAUUAUUGUGAGAACUCAUGCAUUCUGUAUUGCUCAAAAGGCUUUUGCCACUAUAUCAUAGUUGCAAGAGUAUUCUCAAGCCGAGUUAUUCAAACAUAUUUAAUAUUCUUGAGAUAAUUUUCAAGUACAAUUAUACUUUUAUGUUAA